CUAUGAAGUUUAGCUCAUUUGUAUAAUACAGCCUAAAAUAAAGCUUAAUCCAGCAUUAAAUUUGCGACCUUCUACAUUAACAGUGAUUAGAUUUCAGUGGAACAUUGUACGAUUCAAUCACUGACGUCGACUCUUGCAUUUUCUCCUAAUUUGCGAUCGUGUUUGGCUGAGAGCGAGCAAGAUGACAACGAUACGCAGGUUUUGCUGCAACGAUCUUCUUCGUUUUGCUUCCGUCAAUCUUGACCAUCUCACCGAAACUUUUAACAUGUCCUUCUACAUGACCUAUCUCGCAAGAUGGCCUGAUUAUUUCCACGUUGCCCUAGGCCCUGGAAACCAAAUUAUGGGUUACAUUAUGGGUAAAGUAGAGGGGCAAGGAGAAUCUUGGCAUGGUCAUGUUACUGCAGUAACUGUUGCUCCAGAGUAUCGAAGGAUGCAAUUAGCCAAGAAACUAAUGAAUCUGCUUGAAGACAUCAGUGACAAUAUUGACAAGGCGUUCUUCGUUGAUCUCUUUGUGAGAGCAUCAAAUGCACCAGCCAUCAAGAUGUAUGAAAAGCUUGGCUACGUGAUUUAUCGACGAGUGCUACGAUACUAUUCAGGGGAAGAAGAUGGAUUAGAUAUGAGGAAGGCAUUGUCUCGUGAUGUUGAAAAGAAGUCCAUAAUCCCUCUUAAACGGCCAGUCACUCCUGAUGAGUUAGAAUAUGACUAAAUCUACUUUUCAUGCAACAUAUGUCUUAAAGCAAACAUGUUGAUUAUGUAUCAUAUGGUAAUUAGUUACAUUUGUCCAACUAUGGGAGUGUAUAACCAGUCACAUAUUUGAACUUUUGAAGUACUGGGAUGUAAUCUUUUGGAAGUUGCUCUUGUACUGCUAGAAUACUGACCUAUGUUUAGAAGUAAAACCUGUUGGUACUUGGUAGGUUGUCAACUUGGGAAGGAAUUGACCAUGGUGCGUUGGAAGGGUUAGUAAGUGAAAAAUGGCCCUAGAGGAUCAUCUUCUUAGUAACAUGAAUAAGAUUCCAAGGCCAAGAUAUGAUCAAUCUUCGACAAUCAUGUUGGUCUUGCAUUUCCUCUGGUUCUUUUAUUUGUUUGUUUCGUUUUUUUAAAUCUUGUCUCAUCUAAUAUGUUAUCAUUAAAUAUCACUUGCAUGUUUCAUUUCAUUAGAUUUAAA